AUGAGAUUCUCCACCCUCUUCUCCGUCUUCCUGGCCACUCUCUCCGUGGGUGUCGGUGCCGGUCCCAUUGGCGCUCCCAGCGAUGUCCAGGAGUGCUCUGGAGACAUCAGCAAUAACAGCGUCGACUAUGGCGACGUCGAAAAACGCGCCCCUCCUAAAGAGAGCGAGCGUUUGCGGCAGAUACAAAAGUCUCUGGGCAAGAAGAAACUGGAGCAAGGCAAGGAGUAUGCCAUCCAGGUCACCUGGACCAAGGGUAAGGCCGGCUCCUCGACUCCGACCGACCUGCCCCCCCAGCAAGAAAUGAAGGCGACGCAAAACCAGUAUGGAUUUGACCAUACUGCCAUCCUCGUUGGUAAAGUCCAGAAGAACACCGACUUCGAGCUGGACUUUGAGGGCGAAUUCUACCACCUGGACUCCAAAACUGAGCGCCAUCGUGGACAAGUAUAUUUCAAGACUUUCCCGAAGACGGGCAAGUGGGAGAAGAGCGAUACCACCAAGACAUUGAAGUUUUUGGAACCCAAGGAGCUCAGUGGAGACUGGAAGUCCAAGGUUGAACACGCCCAGACGGAAGCUGCUAAGGUUGGCACCAAGUACAACAACGUGUGGAAGGGCAAGAAGAAUGACUGCCAGACUUAUGUCAAGGCUUUCCAGGAUGCUUUGUAA